CGGUGGCGUGUGCAUUGCUGACGAAGUUCAAGUGGGAUUUGGCAGGUCGGGUACACACUAUUGGGCGUUCGAGAUCGACGGACCGGACGUACUACCUGACAUUGUGACCAUCGGCAAGCCCAUGGGCAACGGACAUCCGGUCGCCGCCGUCAUCACCACGGAAGCUGUGGCCCGAAGCUUUGAAGCCACUGGCAUACAAUAUUUUAACACGUACGGUGGAAAUCCCGUGUCGUGCGCAAUAGCCAUCGCCGUGAUGACUGCCGUCGACGAAGAACAGCUGGUGGAUAACGCCAAAGACGUGGGCGGGUAUCUGUUGUCUGAACUAGAAAACAUGCAACGGAGAUUCCCGGACGUGAUCGGAGACGUCCGCGGUGUCGGAUUAUUUGUGGGCGUAGAACUGAUAAAAGACCCGAAAACCAAGACUCCGGCAACGGCGGAAACUCGAGAUGUCGUCGACAGAAUGAAAAACGAAUUUAGAAUAUUGGUAAGCAGCGACGGACCAGACGUGAAUGUCAUCAAACUGAAACCACCGAUGGUGUUCAGCAGAGCCAAUGCCGACCGCUUUCUGAAGGCGUUCAAGACAUUGAUUUCAGAGAUAAGGACACAACGGUUUCAACUGCUGUGAUUUAUUUUAUACAACAACCUACUAUAAAUGUUUAUCUACAUAAUUUGGCAUUAUUAUCAUUAUUGUAAUUUGUAUUUUUCAAAUAUUAUGUAGGUUAUAUAUGUUUAAUAUAUAAAAAAUAACAUAUUCCUACACUGUUUAUAAAACAAAACGUAUAGAUACGUUAUGCAUAAUAUAGGUAAUAUCUUUAAUAAUUUAAAUGUAUAACUGAAAAUAUAAAACUAACGAGAAUCGAA